AUGGGAACGCCUCCCGAUCGUAAACACAUUUUGUCUUCUGAGGACUAUUAUGAUCCGUCUUCGCACCAACAAAGUUCUUCGUUUCAAAUCCCGAUCCCCACGGAUUACUUGUACCAACAGCAAUCUCAAGAGCGAUACCUUGAUUAUCAGCAAUCAGUGACAUUUGAUCGCUGUUUUGCCUUUCAAAACCCGAUAAACCAUGCAGUUGUGACAGUUUCCCAAAACACUGCACCAGGGGACGCGGUUGCCAGCAUUAGCAGUAGAAACAGUGAUAGCUUCAGUGGAAUCAGUGAAAUGACCACACUAAUUGCCCCAACGGAAGACGGAGUUGCCGUUAGUAGCAUUGUACCGGAGGCGAGGGAGAAAUCGAAGAAUGCUGCCCGUAUUCGACGUAUGAAUGAAAAUCAUGAAUACAAAAUUUUGACGCACAUGCUUCCUCUACCCGUUUCUGCCAAAGUGAUGCUGGAUAAGGCCUCCGUUAUUCGGCUGACUACAAACUUCCUAGAAUUGAGAAAACUGUUUUCUUCAAGUAAGUUAAUGUUCCUAAAUGUAGUUGCGCACAUUCGAAAAUCAUUCCAGCAGGCAAACGCGUCACUAUUUUUUCUGCUGGUGGAUAGUAAGGAAGGUGGUAUCAAUGAACCCCAAAGUUCGUUGAGCUCCUAUAGUGACGGCAUGCUUGAGACACUGGAUGGUUUCCUUUUAAUUCUGUCCAACUCUCACUCGGUGACGUACAUCGGUGAUACUGUUAAAACAUUGCUGGGCCUGGCUAAGUGGGAUUUGACAGGGACAAAGUUUAUAUCCAUUGUCAAAGAAGAAGAUCAAGAGGAAUUGGAUAACCUUCUCCGAUUAAGCUCUUUGGAGAUGAGGCAAAUAAGUCGCCUAAAUCCAGAAGCUCGAUUCGAGCGCCGUUUUACCGUUCGCGUUAAAUGCAUCCUCUCCAAACGCAAUAGUGGACUAGUCUCUGAAGGCUAUAAGGCUCUGCAUUUCGGAGGCCACAUCACAGCUAGGUUGUCACAUGAGAAAGAAGGCUCGAAAAAGGUGAUCCAACAGCUGUACGGAGUCGCUUCCACUCUGCCUGCAAUAAAUUGGAACUCGACUGAAAUUAAGAUGGGUCGGGAUAUGUUUAUGCUUCGCACCAGUCUAGCCUUGGGAGUAGCUUAUGCUGAUGAACAACUUCAAGUCCUAACUGGUUAUCAGGCCAGGGAUAUCAUCGACACAUCUCUAUAUCAGUUGAUUCACGUCGAAGACGCUGAAGAACUUGCAGAGUGUCAUGCAACUUGUAAGACAAUUGCACCCUUUUCUAAAGGUCGGGACAAGCGUUUGACCAACUUCACUCUCCCUUUUGCAGUGUUGACCAAGGGUCAAGUGAUAACUCGCUAUUUCCGACUGCUCUGCAAAUAUGGUGGAUGGGUGUGGGUCCAGAUGCAUGCAAUACGCAUCCGAACCGCUCGUGGAUCAAAGUCAGACUGUGUAGUUGCCAUUGCCUACGUCCUCACGCGCAGCCAGCUAUCCAAUAUGAAGUUUGAUAUAAAACAGCUUCAGGGCUGUUCAUUCGGGACACUAAAUUACGAACGAGCGUUGAUUUCAAGACCCGUUAAUCACUGCGGACGCAAACGCUCCCACCCAUCGCAACUUGCCUCACAAGUGCAGACUUCUCACUAUCAAACCAGCUUUCCAUCAAAACUUUCUGCUUACAAUGCCAACUUUUAUCGGAAUCUGAACGGAGGUGUUGAAGGUGGAGGAGAAAACGUAAUUCGCAUAUAUCCCCCCUGCUCAAUGCCUUACCGAUCUCUGGUUCACCCAAAUCAGCAGGGAUUGGCAAAUGAUGCUUACGAUAACCCAAAUGGACUUUUGGUGCAACAACCUACUGAGGUGCCCGGUUCGGCGCCAAACUGGGGGACGGUGGGGGAACAUCCGCAUUACGGGGUACCUUUUAGUGGCUCCUCUGUGCCUCCGUCCUCAAUUCCCUCCUCUUUUGGUUCCAGCAGCUACUUGGAGCAAUUGAGGAAUUAUCAAACAGAUGUCAACUUUGCUGACUGUUGGCAGGACACAAUCUAUUCCCACCAAAAUUAG